UUAUAAUAUAUAUAAUGUAAAUUAAAUAUUUUUUAUACAAUUAUAGUCUGUUUACCUUAGAAGUUGCAAACAUUAUAUUUGCGUACAAAUAAUGUCCGGUUAUAGUAUCGACCGGUUUGUCAAUUUGAGUGAAACGGAUAGGAAUGAACUGACGUGUAGUAUAUGUCAGGACAUACUAUGCUGUCCAGUGGUAUCACCUUGCUGCUUACAAAUGUAUUGCGAGGGGUGUAUACAUGAAUGGCUGCAAACCAACAAUACCUGUCCACACGAUAGGAAAGCUCUUACUAAUAGUGGACUAACACGACCACCAAGAGCACUCGUCAAUAUUUUACAGAACUUAAAAAUCAGUUGCGAUUAUAAAGACAAAGGAUGUGGAGAAGUAGUCAAAUUGGAAAACCUGACCAGGCACACUGUCAGUUGCAAAUUUAAUAUUAAGAAAUGUUCCAAGUGUACUUGUACUGAGAAGCCUGACCAAAUAUCUCAGGCAUGUCACCAGCGAGAGCUCAAAAUACUACCCAAAAUUCAGAGGUCGAUGAUGCUGCAAUAUUGAACUCAGCUCGCACAAAUAUUUUGGAUCAUCAAUUUAUUCAAAAUAAUUGCGAUGACAAUAUGACUGAGAAUAUAAUGCAAUUCAUUCGUCAAUAUAUUCUUGAAUGCAAUUCAUUAUUUGAAUUUUCUAAGAGUUUGAGAGAAAAGUUGGAUGAUGAGUUUGGUGAUAAUUGGCAUGUAAGCGCUGGCAACCUAAAUGAAUACAGUUCUUCCUGUAGUUAUGAUAGGUAUUAUUUACAAGUAGUGUUCGACCGAUUGAAUAUUCAAAUCUAUGUUACACAUUCGGUAUGUUUGAUGAUUUAAAGCGGAGGUUUCAAAGUGGAAAAAUAAGGCGUGAAUUUGAUAUUAUAGCGAACGAUAUGAAUGAAACAAUGCUAUUGGAUGUGAAAAUGAUUGUAUUCGAUGCCAUUCAUAAAAGUAAUGAUUUUCUUGAGGUGACAAAUAAUAUUGGCGAUAAAAUGACAAGCAAAUACCCUACUUAUAAGUGGCAAAUUAUUAGAUUAACAUUAGAUUUUUUUGGGAGCUACCGCAUUGUCAAGGAAAAUGGGACACGCAUAAGUUUUAAAAUAGGAAAUGUUACCUUUCUUAUAUUUGGAACUAACAGAUAAGAUAAUUAGUAGUAAUUACUAAUUACUAGAGACUUCUAAAACACAAACAAAUAUUUUUAGCGGUAAGAGGUAUGAACCCAGAGAUCAGAUAUCUAUACGAAUCAUAUAACAAGAGUUUUCACAUAAAUACAUAAAAA